GCUGAGUCUCUUCCUUCUGCAGCGGCAGCAAGAUUAUGCGUCGCCAUACUGAUACCGAGGGCUUCUCCAAAGGUUUUCCUACUUCUAAAGCGAUUUGGAUAUAUAUAGCCAAGGAAACAGAGGAGCUGCAAGGGGACCACCCCCGAUUAUGUGCGACAGCGGUGCAAAGUGCGGACGGAUAUCUCACGGGCUGCUCUCCAGACAACACUGUGCCUCAGCCGCAGAAUCUGGAGCGCGUAUCCCUAAGGAGAAAUCACUGCAAUAUUCCUUUAAUAUUCCUAAAUAGAUGUACGGUUUUUCUAAGACCGCAUAGUAGUUAGUUUAUAGUGACCUUAUUAGUUCAUACUUUAUGAUUUAUGUUUGUUGACAUUAUUAUGCCAUAGGGUUGUCUUUUAGGCAUUGAAUGUUUUGACUUACACGCGCUGCAUGAUAUUUUGAAGUUUUGGUGUGAUUUUUUUUUUUUUUUUCAUAAAAGGCUGACCUAUAACAUUUAUUUUAUAUUGAAACACUUCAAAAUCAGCAAAGCUUGAUGCGCCUACCGCUGUUGUUUAUUUACAGUCUUUGUGCAUCAUUUGCACCUUGGCAUAAAGUUUUGUCGCUUGUCCGGCUGAAGCCUGUGUGUAUGUUUUGGUGCCUCGUCCGCGCGGGAAGCACCUGAGGAAUUUGCUUUGCGGGCCAAGGUGGGACGGCCUGCCUCGUGAGUCGCGGGGGGCGCGUGUCUCACCCACACAUUAAUUAAAUCUCCGGUUCCAUCCGAGGCUCUGACAUGCACCGGGGGAACGUGCACGGGCAGCGACAAUCACGAUGGAAAGCUCAUGCACGCUGAUAACCAUCAAAUGACACCAAACACGUGCUGUCAUAUUUAGCUGGCCUGUAUCCAAAAUUAAUACCCACAUUAAGCUUUGCCACGCACCGGAGUGACUUGUUAACAGGCGCAGCUGACACCCUAUUUCUGUCUGCACCCUGCAAUCAUUUGCCGGGGGACCCAGGUUGUAAAAUGAGGCUGGGAGGCAUCUUUUUACUCGUCGCUCUCGGCUCCUUUACCGCUUAUUACAUUUAUGAACCCAUUCCUGAGGAGAUAGAGGAGAGAUGGAAACUUAUGCUGACCAACUCCUUCUUCAGAACUCUCAGCCACCUGGCAGACUUCAGUGAAUUGGUGGGGCUGAAGGACUACAUGGGGGUGAUGUACUUCAUCACCCUGGUGGAGGGGGUAGUGCCUGUAUCUGACGAGCGUGUCCAGGUGACGGAGGAGACGUUUGAUGGCGUGGAUGUUGUGCUGUACCAGCCCAAGCAGCUAGGCAGUGACUCUGAGCUCAGGAGAGCUGUCAUCUACCUGCAUGGUGGAGGAUGGUGUCUCGGCAGCUCCCGGAUGAGUCCGUAUGAUCUCCUGGCCCGAGAAAUGGUCACUGAGCUGAAUGCAGUGGUCCUUUCUGUGGAAUACCGCCUGGCCCCAGCACACCACUUCCCUGUCCCGUAUGAGGAUGUGUACAGGGUUGUCAAACACUUCCUCCAGAGGGGGGUGCUGGCUCAGUAUUCUGUGGACCCGGGACGCAUUGCUGUGUCUGGGGACAGCGCUGGUGGGAACCUGGCGGCGGCAGUGUCCCAGCAGUUACAGCAAGAGCCUGUGCAGCAGGUUCAAUUAAAGGCCCAAGCCCUGCUCUAUCCGGUGCUGCAGGCUUUGGAUCUCAACACCCCAUCAUACCAGCAGAAUCGGGACAUGCCCAUUCUGCCCCGCACGCUCAUGGUGCGCUUCUGGAGUGAAUACUUCACCAGUGACAAGGCCUUUUUCAGAGCCAUGAUGGCCAACGCCCACAACAGCCCUGAGUCAGCCAGCCUGCUCAAGUUUGUCAACUGGAGCGCCUUCCUGCCCGAGUCGUACCACAGAAAGUACAACUACAGCGCCCCUGCUGUGGUGCAUGGAGUCGGGGGAGAGGGAGCCGGGAUGGAUGGGCCGUCUAGAUCUAUCACUGACCCGAGGGCGUCACCUCUGCUGGUUCCAGAUGCAACCUUACGCUCUCUGCCCAAGGCCUACGUUCUCACAUGUGAGUACGAUGUUCUCCGGGAUGAUGGGAUGAUGUAUGUCACACGGCUCCGCGGCGCCGGUGUUGAGGUGACACACGAACACUAUGACACCGGAUUCCACGGAGCACUGAUGUUCACGGUGUGGCCCACUGACUUCCUGAUUGCACGCCGCAUGACGGACAACUAUGUCCAAUGGCUGAAGGAAAACUUGUAAAAGAAGAGAGGAGGAAAAUGUCGUCGACUGAGUGCUCAUUCCUGUGUUUCCAGACAAUGCACUUGGUUGUUUGGGCGAUUAAAUGUUUUCCCCUCUCUGUUGUUUUCAACUUUUUAACCUUUCAUUUCAGUUUUGUUUUUGGUUAUGCUUUUGUGUUUCUGUAAAUAUAUUAAUGUACACAUUUAAGGUUUUUCCAUUCUUUUUGCAUUGCACCACACUAGUGAUGUUAGAUAUCAGUGGGGUUUGGGUUCUAAAGGGGUUUUUGAAUGUGCUAUAAAUCUUAAAGAACACAAAAGAAAAACAUUUUUUGUUUUCCUGACAUUUUCACAGCAGCAAGGAGUGAUAACCAGUUAGGCCAAAAUUGACAAAAGGAUUGAAAGCAGCUGAUACUGAAACCUCAUGUUUUUCAUUUUAACAGAUUGUUUAAUUUGUUAUUUUUUAAAAAAAAGCAUGAAAACAACCCAGCAGUGGACUACUAGACAAAGCCUUUAGGUGUCCUCUAGAGAAAAAUUAGCCCUUCUUACAUACUCCAUACAAAUGUGGCAUGCAGGGAUCAAUAAAACUAACGAGUGAAUCAUCUCAUUUCCAAAUACAGCACUUCCAGAAGCAUAUCAGCAAAUGUAAGACAAAUCUAUUUAUGCUCAGUGAAAGGCAUAUAUCAGGGCUUCCUGGAGUUUCAGCAGUUGCAUUUUAAGGAAAAAUGUUUGAAAUUAUUGUGGAGUUGUAAUAAGUCUUUGUAAUUCCCAGACUAUGGACAGGUAGUUACUGGUCCUGUGUGGUGGAGGUCAGGUUGUAUUGAUCUCCUUGCCCUAAGGCCCAGUCAUCAUGUGAGGUGGACUGAAGCUAUUCACGUGCGUCUGCCUCUCGCUUUGAAAUAUGUAACGGGACCUCCCUCUCUUUCUCUCUCUCUGUGGGUGAGUUCAUCUUGUGAUUUCUGUGCACAUGGGGUGGCUAUCUUAACUGAUAACUCAGAGGGAUACAGGGGUUACAGAAAACACUCCUUUUUCUAUGAUUGUUCAAAUGUCUGUGGUUAACCGAAUGUGCUGUUUUUUAGGCUUUGGGAUUCAAACAGAGUUGGAGUUGAUUUGAAACAGUUGAAAGUCAGCACUUUUCAGCCAUGGUCUUCUUUGAAUAUCUUCCAGGGACUGUUCUUUGUUUUCCACUCUUUAUCUUUAUCAGCACAACAUCAGAAAAUGGCUCUUGAUUGUUCCAAAUGAAUGGCGUCUCAGAAAUGUGGUUAUUCUGCUUAAGUGACGUUCCUGACUUGUAAAUAUGAUUGUUUAUUUUUAUGUUUUGAGUUGCUGCUGUACAUGAUGUGCGUAAAAUAUGUGUAAUUUUUAAAUUCGAUAUUUUCUGAAAAUAAACUGACCCAACCUCUCA